AUGCCAGAGUCGGAUGUGGAGAUAAAGGAGUGGCAGGAAUACAGAGAGACCUUAAAUAAGUUGACUCUUAGCAAUUCUAGGGAUAGGUGGAUCUGGAAUAAAGAUAGCCAAGACGGAUUCUCGGUGAAGAUAGUUAAAAAGGCGUUAAUUGAAGAAAGGGGUAAUAGUCAGCUUUCUAAUUUUGAGUGGUGCAAAUGGGUGCCUAUUAAAUGCAAUAUUGUGGCUUGGAGAGGUAAUUUGGACAGACUUGCUACGAGAGUGAAUUUAAGAAGAAGGAAUGUUGACAUUAUAUCGGUUAUGUGCCCUUUUUGUAACGAGGCUGAGGAAACGGUGGAGCAUCUUUUCACUGCAUGUUCUUUGGCGACGCGUGUUUGGGCGGAGAUAAUGGCUACACCACUAAUGGAUGAGCCGUAUCUGACGACUAGCUCAACUGUAUCAAAACUGAAUGAAGGAAUUGGUGUGGCUGUCAUGAUGUUUAGUCAUGAUGUCCAGAAACAAAAAGUCUCGGAAGAGCAACAAGAAAUGGAAAGGUUAGAGAAGUUAGCGCAGGGUAAUGCUAGCUUGAUUGAGUCUCAGCAAGCAAUUUUAGACCAGAAUUCAGAGGCUAUUCGGUUGUUACAGAUCAGUAUGACAACAUUGGUGACUCAAAUGACAAAAAUUAACAACAAGAUGAGCCAUAAUCGAAGUGGGGGUCACCAAGAUCGGUUGAUACGGCCCGGGAAGGUAGAUUUUCCAAAAUUCGAUGGUAAUGAAGUGGAAAGUUGGGUGAUACGCUGCAACCAUUACUUUGCAGUAGACAAGACUCCUGAAUUUGCGAAAGUACAUUACGCAGUUAUCAAUUUGGAAGGUGUAGCCCUAGAUUGGCAUCAAGGUUAUUUUGAUAGUCAAGAUCGAGAAAUUGAAGACAUUACUUGGGAUGAGUACUCAAGAUCCAUUAUAAAUCGGUUUUCUGAGAGACUUUCACAAGAUCCUAUGGAAGAGUUGAAAAAUCUCCAUCAAACAAGUUCGUUACAAGAUUACACUAAAGAGUUUGACUCAUUGCUCAAUAGAGUCAAACUAACAGAUGAAUAUGCUGUUAGUUUGUUUGUGGGGGGGUUAAAACCGGAAAUUCGUUAUUUAGUCAAAAUUUUUAGGCCAAGAUCCAUGAGAGAUGCUAUAACUAUGGCUAAGCAGCAGAGUGUAUACUAUGCAACACUAUUUGGGGAUAAAGAAAAUAAGAAGGUACCUGCAAAAGUGGCUGAAGAAAAAAGGGCCAGAAAUGAGUGUUUUUGGUGUGAUGAAAAAUAUACACCAACACAUAAGUAUAAGUUCAUACACUUAUAUGUGUUAGAAAUUCAUGGAGAUGACGAUAUGGAAGAUGAAAAUGAAGAUACUUCUGGAGAAUUGGAAGCUAUGAAUUUAGAUCCUCAAAUUUCCAUUCAUGCAAUAAUGGGAGUGAAUUCUUUUUCAACUAUGAGAAUUGUGGGGACUAUUGGUACUAGCCAAAUUCAGAUUUUGAUUGACUCGGGCUCCACUCAUAAUUUCCUUGAUUCUAAGCUUGCAUCCAAACUGCAACGCUUUACAAAAGGAGUGCCAGUCAUGAAAGUAAGAGUGGCAAAUGGGAAGAAUUUAGAUUGCAGCCAGUUAUGUCAAGACUUUCAGUGGCCUAUGCAAGGUGUGUGGUUUAAAACAGAUGUUUUACUCCUACCACUAGACAAUUAUGAUAUGGUUCUUGGGGUUCAAUGGCUACAAUCCCUUGAUGAUAUAGUCUGGAACUUCAAGGCAUUAACCAUGCAAUUUAAGAUGGAUUCAAAGGUAAUCAUGUUAAAGGGAUCUAAUAGCAAUGAGGUAUCCUUGUGUUCAGUGGAGAGGUUAACAAAUAUGUUGGAGAAGGAUAACCCUAUGGUACAGGUGCAACUAUAUAGUAUGCAACCGGAAAAUGGGUCCUUCCAACAUCAAUCAUCAGUAGUUGGUUGUCAACCUAAAGAUGAAAUGAAGGCCUUGUUGCAAGAGUUCAAGGAUGUUUUCCAAACUCCAAAGACUUUACCUCCUGACAGGAGUUGUAAUCACAGAAUCCAGUUGAUAGAUGAGACGGUCACCAUUAAUCAGAGUGCAUAUCGAUAUCCUGUGGGCCAGAAGGAUGUAAUAGAAAAGAUGGUGCAAGAGAUGUUAGAUAUGGGUGUUAUAAGGCAUAGUGUCAGCUCUUUUGCUUCUCCAGUAGUUUUAGUAAAAAAAAAAAGAUGGAACCUGGAGACUUUGUGUUGA